AUGACAAAGGUCAUCCGUGGGUUAUAAAGGCAGCGAGGAGCCCAAGGCUGCUGAAAAAAGGCUAGCCGACACAAUGGGCAAGAUCAUCUUCUACGAGGACAAGAACUUCCAGGGCCGCUCCUAUGAGUGCAGCAGCGAAUGCAGUGACCUGCAUUCCCACUUUAGCCGCUGCAACUCCAUUAGAGUGGACAACGCUAACUGGAUGGUCUAUGAGAGGCCCAACUACAUGGGCUACCAGUACUUCCUGAGGAAGGGCGAAUAUUCAGACUACCAGCGCUGGAUGGGAUUCAACGACUGCGUGCGAUCCUGCCGAAUGAUCCCUAUGCACAAAAGCUCUCACAAAAUGAUGAUCUACGAGCGCCCGGAGUUCGGAGGCCAGAUGAAGGAGCUGACCGACGACUGCCCCUCCCUGACCGAAAACUUCCACUUCAACGAAAUCUCCUCCUGCAACGUGAAGGACGGUUCCUGGAUCUUCUACGAGCAUCCCAAUUACAGGGGACGCCAGUUCCUGGUACGCCCCGGUGAAUACAGGAGGUUUAAUGAGUGGGGAAGCAUGAGUUCUAGGGUGGGAUCCAUCAGACGCAUCACUGUGUGAGAAGCUGAUGUCCAGAAGCCUGUUUAUGUAAAUUACUGUCAAUAAAUAAAUCUAUCCCAUAACCACUA